AGAGCCUGUUUGUGCUCUCCCCACUACCAAGGAGAACCGUACUCGGUGCAGUCGGUGUGAUUUCCUUCCCCUGCUCUCGCACUUUUGUACCACACCUUAGUGUUCAUACUGACGGGGCAAUGGAUUCUCAUGUUGGAUGGUUUUCAAAACACGUAUCCUCAGAAGUAAAUCAACUGCCACUUUCACCUAAGUCUGAAGAUGUGAUAACUUGCGAACGGCUUGUUCAGGAUGCGGCGAAAGAAGGGGCUAAACACUUGAAAUUAGUGAUGAGGCGUGUGAACCUACCACCGACACAUCCAGUCCGCAGAACUCUUUGGCCCCUUCUCUUAUCAGUCAGAUAUGGAGUCACCAUCCCAUCAGAAAACUCACCAGAUAUGUCACCAACAUCGUUUCGGGCAGAAGACGAGCGAUCCACUUUGGGUGGCUACGAGCUGGCGGAUCAGGCACUGUGUCCGACAUUCUACCUCAAUGAUGACGGUCAAAAGUCACUACGCAGCAUACUGCGUGGUGUUGCCAUUGCCCAUCCGGAGCUAGUUUAUGCACCACAGCUGUGGCCCUUGCUAGCUUUGUUUUUACAUUACCAUUCAGAACCUAUUGCCCGGGCCUGUCUUCUUGGGGUAUUGGAACGGGGUCGCACUGUCACUCAAACGAAAAGCGAAUGGAAGGAGCAUUGUUUGGCCUUGGAACAAAUCGGUCGAUUUGGAUUCGUCUCCAGACAGGUGCUCCGUGCGGGGACCGGCCACGUCGAAGGUAGUAAUGGCUCGCCCUCCGGGGCUGGUCUUGAUCCUCGCGUGCAAUUAGCCCUUUGGACUGUUGCUGUUUGGCAGCUCCCGUUUGGUCAUCUUGUUCGUCUCGUCGAUUGCUUUCUCAUGGAAGGUCAGAAAAUCUUGUUCCGAACUGGACUACUGUUGUGGAAGUUCGCCUACAAGCUGACCCUGAAUACUCUAACCAAACCGAUGGAUCUCGUCCAAGCUGCCACCCACAUGCCCCUUAGCCCAGGUUUAUUCGUAAAGCGCAUGUUCUCCAUUCUCAACUUCAGUCAGAAUGAUAUCAGAAAGGCUAUCCAGCGUGUACAGCAGCUUGAAGCGGCUUUUCCGGAUCAAGCCAUUCCAGAUUCGCUACUCAUUCGCCCUUGUGUCAAGGCCGGAUAUGCAACUUGCGCGUCAUACCUCCUCCCAUGGGAAACUUCCAGCCCAACGACUUAUGUUCAUCCUUCUCAGUGUAUUAGUGUAUCUGAAUUAGCCUACCUGAUCCGGUCGAUCGCUGCUGAGCGAUUGGUUCAAUUGUGUAAGCCAGUGCUGUUGUUUAACACAAACACUGAUGGUACCAGUCUUCAAACGCUGUAUGCUCGAGCUGCAUCCGUAACACAUCCUGAAUCAAUCCUCUUGGUCAGAAGUAGUUCAGGAUGCACGGUGAUAGGUGCAUUUUGUUCCCAUCGCUGGCAAGUUCCUAAACGGCCCAGUUACUUUGGUAAUGGUAUGUGUUUUUUGUUCCGAGUUCGGCCGGGGCCGAUCGCCAUCUAUUCUUGGGUUGGGGCUCGAGAUUCGUCAACCGUCCAUGAAGGAUGCAGCCAAAGCUUUCAGUAUGCAACUGCUGAUGGGAUACAGGUCGGCGGGCCAUCUACUUCGGGACUACCAGGCCUGGGUUUGGACGUCCAACUUUCCACCGGAACCAGUGGUCCUAGCGCAACUUUUGACAACCCUUGUCUGAUAUCGGAUGUUAGUGAUAUGACAGCACAGUUCGGCGCAAACAAAGAGGCUUGCAGCUUCUCUGUUGGCUUGGUCGAACUGAUAGGUUUUGAAGACUUGUGAAUGUUUCGGAAGGAAGAUUCUGUACUUUGUCUAUUCUAGUCAAGGCACUGUCUCAUUGCCCUGUUCCCUCCCUGAAUCGUUGUUUUUUUAAUUCUCCGUUCCCUUCAAACGCUGUUUGUUUUUUGUUUUCAUUGUGUUGCACUGUUUGUUUUGUGGACCUGCAUUUCUUAUUUCCAUAUCAGUUGCUUUCUCUCAUCCCCAAUUUAUGCCCGCAAUGGGUCACCAAUUCUUUGGGUGGAACAUCGUGCUAUCUAGUGGCUCUUAUGAUCUGCCGUCCUUUCCGUUUCGUAUCCUGUUUUUUUAAUGUGAUCAUAUAGUUCUAUGGUGCUGUAUUUUCACCGCUUUCAUAUUAAAAAACUAUCAGUUAUUUAUUUUUAUAUUUAUUAAUAUACUCACUAUUACAACACCGAAUAGAAAGACGCCUCUCAUGUCACGCGCUCUUUGUCUUACGUUCAUUCAUUGUAUUCUUUACUGAAUUGCUCACUGUGCAACCAGAAAAUAUAAUUAACGUAUUCCAAUGCCUGAUGAAAUUGAUUUUACAUGAUAUCACAAAGACUUGGUUCUUAGGGUCACUAUGUACAUCACGCAGUUGUCCAUUAAUCCGCAUGCGUUAGCUUCCCGUCACGUCUGCAGGAACAAACGCGACACGCCCUAAACUGUGGUUUCGGUGCUACUUUGUUUUCUUUUGUUCUUUGUAGAAAACUGUCCAUUUGUCUUCGAACCUGAAGUCCAUCAACGUUUUCACCCAAAGUGGAAGCAUGUACAUGGGUUGGGCUAUUUUGAAACACCCAUGGCAAGGUACUAUUUACACUAGAUUUUAC